GUUGUGCUACUGUAUAUACUGUGGCCUUACUAUUCCCUUCCUCGCGCCGCAUUAAACUCCAACCUCGCACAUGUUUACCACGCAACUGUAACUUUCCGGCUCCGCUAUCGGUGCCGUUGGCGCCAUCCUUGUAUGUUCUCGUUCCUCCACAUUCCACAUUCCUCCGUGAUCGAUGGUUAUGUACGUACGCGCGAUUAGGCAUCGCGGACGAUAAUGAUGCUCGCAAUUUUCUCAUAUAAUUAGUUUCACGAUAAUUAAUAGUAUGCGUUGAUCUAGAAGAGAAGAUACCUCUUGCACUUGCGAUACGUUUUUAUCGACGGCAAGAACGGAAAAACCCCGAGACCGGCACGAAGUAUUUCACGGAGUAUCACAAGUCUGCGGUUAUCUAUACGGUUGGUCACGAUAGAUCCGGACAGAUCCGUAAAUAAGGAUGAACUGAUUGUGCUCCGUACGAAGGAUUUAUAAUUGAACAGCAUCGAGAGCGAACGUGUAUACGUGAUGUAUACGUGGAAGCUAUCUGGUUAUGCUCUCAAAAGAUUUAAUAAUGGUUAUGGCAACAACAUUAGCAAAUUAGCAUUCGUUCUGCAACACUGCGGUCCGAGGACGCAAGGUCGUGGCAAACUCGGUAGCUACCGCAGGAGAAUAAGCUCAUGGUUCCGAGAACAGGGUACGCAGACAGCUCAGGCCUGUAAGAAACAGUUUGAAUUUGUGGCGGCCCAGAGGAUCAGGAGGUACAUACAGAUAUUUCACCUCUAUACGAGGAUAUGGGAUGAGGUAGCACUGAGAGAAUUCAUGCGGCUGUGGAGACUUAGACUUGCUAAGAAUGCCAAAAACUUCCUGAUAAGCGCUGCUGGAGUAAGCAUGUACAACUGGGAUCGCGACAGGAUAAGUGAUGAAGAAAUUAAUAGGUAUAAUCGUGAGAUUGAAGGAAUUUAUACAUUACGAGACUCUACAGUGGUUUGUACAAAGUGUCAUUUGCGAAUUGUUAUUGAUACUAGACAGCCUGAUAUAAAAUAUUGUAAAUGUAGUGGAGUUCAUCCUUCUGAUUCUUCUGAAAAUACAGAUAAUUGGCAACCUUUCAUUGAGCGUCAGGAUAUGUUAAUAUGGAGGAAAGUAGAACCUAAUUCGGGUGGAUUGUUUGCCUAUAAAGUAUAUGGUUCAUUCUCCGAUGUUACCGCUGAAGAUUUUUUACAAGUACAAAUCGAUGUAGAUUAUAGAAAGCAAUGGGAUCCCACUGCUCAAGAGUUACAGAUUAUUGAGACCGAUCCGAAAUAUAAAUCGUCUGUUAAUCAUAGUACUGAUGUUAUCCAUUGGGAAAUGAUCUGGCCUAAAUUAUUUUCUAAUAGAGAUUAUGUGUAUCAACGACGAUGGAUCAUGGAUAGAGAAAAAGGACUUGUAGUUAUUGUCAGUCGAGUGACGGAACAUCCUAAUGUACCAGAAAAGAAAGGAAUUUAUAGAGUUAGAACGUAUUGGUCAUACAUGGUGAUAAAGCCUUAUACAGAACUUCACGAACCAGGCAUUGAAUUUGGACUUACCUACUUUGAUGAUCCUGGUGUCUCUGUACCAUCUGCUGUUACUGCAUGGGUAGCAUUGAGAGGUUUACCAGACUUUCUAAUUCGCAUGAGACAGGCUUCAAAAGAUUACCAAAAGUAUAAACUGAUGAAAAAAAAUGCACCUGACAGUAAUCAUCUUACUUUAUCUGAAGAAGACGUUUCCAAACAGCAAAUCGAUGUAGAAGAUAAGUUAAAGAACAAUAAAAAAUUGAUAAAAGAUCAACAAAACGAUUCUACUAACGAUAUUAACAAGUUAGAUUUAACACACGAUAUACAGCAAGAAAAUGACUUGGCGGAAAGUGAAAAUAAGGAUACCACUUCUGCACCCAAAGAAGAGCAAGGUUUAUUACAUUAUUUUUAUCUUACGAAAUUAUUUGCAUUUUUGAAUUUUUGACAAAUGGAUUUAAUGAAAUAACUUUUGGCUAGUAGAUGUUUAAACGUGAUUUCGCAUGGAGGAAACAAUCUGCCGAUAAAGCUAUAGAACAGGUUCAUGGAUAUGUGGAACAAGU